GAAUGUUACGCCGUGACGUCACGCCCCCCCUCCCCGUGCAGUGACAGCACCGCGCAAUCACGUGUUCCCACUGUCCUUGGCCGGCGUGCGUUCUGAUCAACAUGGCAGCUCUACUGGCUGGUGCCCGGCUUGUUCUGCGUCAAGGAGCCCGUCUGCUUCCCGUCUACACCCGACGACCCAGCUCCGUGCCAGUCAGAUGCCUGAGCAGCUCCUCCAGAUUUUUUACAGUAGUUGCACAAGAGAAGGGAAGCACAGAAUCCGAUUUUGCUCCGGUAGCCCGGGUAAGGCCAUGGCAGGAAGGUUGGUCUAUACAUCUGAUGGGUUCCAGGCUGAAGAAAAGUGGACGUGUCGGCAAAGUAAAUCUGCUUAGAACAUUUGAAGAAAUUUGCAAAGCAGGUCAACCCAACAGCAACCAGGCCUGGUUCUUUUUGCGUGCCUGUGGUUCAUUUAUGCCGGAGGUGCCCCUGGUGGAACGGACAGAGGUGGCAAACAAUAUCUGGAAUAAGCUGAAAGAAUUGGGUGUGGAGUUGAAUGUUACCCAUUACAACACACUGCUGGGCGUCUACAUACAAAAUGAACAUGUUUUUUCUCCGACUGAAUUCCUUGCCAACAUGGAAGCGGCUAAUGUGGAGCCUGAUCAGGGCACUUAUCAGGGGCUUAUAGCAGCUUAUUGCAGUGAAGGGGACAUUGAUGGUGCAAGCCAAAUUUUAGGUUUCAUGAAGAGUAAAAACUUUCCCAUCACUGAAGAUGUGUUCAAUUCUCUGAUCAAAGGACAUGCCAGAGCAGGUGACAUGGAGAGCGCCAAGAAUGUUCUGUCUAUUAUGCAGAGUGCUGGAAUAGAGCCACGAUGGAGCACACACGUUGCACUAUUAAAUGCAUAUGCUGAGAGAGGAGAUAUUGAAAAUAUCAGACAGAUUUUGAAUGACAGUGAAAUAAAUGUUCCUCAGAGACAUUUGACUUCGGUUAUAUUGUCAUUGGCAAAGUCAGGGUACUCUCAGUAUGUUCCUGAUGUGCUUGAACACAUGCCGAAUUGCGUAUCUUUUUCACAAGAUAUCAUGAAUCUCUGCUUGGCGUUACUGACUCAAGGCUAUGAAGAUGCAGCUUUACAUGUUGCAAAACUGCUUAAUGCUUGGAAACCAGCAAAUGGAAACUUGGAAAGUCAGCCUGGAGAUUUCUUUCUCCGUCACUGUGUUAAUUUAAAAAUGCCUGUCAGCGUUCUGAUGAAGUGUGCCGACCAGUUGCUGGCAGCAGAAAUGCACAAGCAGCCCAAAGAGUUCAUGUUACAGUGUGCUUUGAGAAAUUCUAAUUCAGACCUGGCCAUGGAGCUCGUGAAGGCAAUGAAGGAUGAAGGUACGCCUCUUAGAUCUCGCUACUUCCGGCCUGCACUCGUUCAGUUGCGCAACAGGAACGACCUGCAAGGUCUUAUUCAGCUCCUGGUAAAUAUGAAGGACAUGGGGGUUGAUGCAGAGCUCGAUGCCUUGUCCAAGUGCUUGUCAUGGAUUUUCUCCGAGGCGAACUCUGGCCAAGCUAUUCUGCAGGAUAAGAAAUGUCUGGAUGACCUUCAGAAUGUGUGUAUAUCAUCGGUCAAACGUGGGCUCCUCAUUGGGAGUCUGACAAACGUGUACUCUUUCUUAUCAUCCACAACUACAGCAAUCCCAAUGGAUAGAAGUUUAGUGGGUGCUCUGGGUGCUGCAUUUUUAAAGUCCAAAGAUGUAGAUAUGUUGUCGAAGAUAACAGGGCUCUUGUACAAGGAUGGCUCCGACAGCAAAGAUUCUUCAAGACCGACUGAUUUUGUUGGCUAUUUUCUGUAUUACGUGAUUGACAGAAUGAGUGACUCAGAGGCACAGGCCAUGGAGGAGCAUCUGAGACAAUACUUCCAUCAGCUUAAGGAGAUGGGCCUAACAAUUGACACGAGGCAGUACAGAGGUAUCCAAAAGUUGCUGGAACGACAUGAAGUUCCCCAAUUAGAGAAGGAUCUAAAGAAAUUGCUGAAAUCUGGUGAAAUUUACAUGGAGGAACCAGUUCAGAACAUUGCAGCACUGGAAGAACAGCUGGCCAACCUGGAAAAGGAAAAUCAGCCCAUUCAGGACGUUUUAGGGAAACUUCUUGGCUUCCUACGUGCAUCUAAAGAUUUGCCAAAAGCCCUGCAGUUGAAAUCCAAAUAUGAAGACUCUUUUACAUUUGGGAUGUACAUGAAGCUAAUGGGUUUAUGCUGUGAAGAAAAUAAUGCACAGGAGGCGCUGAAGGUGAAGAGAGAGCUAGACCAGAAAGGCUUCACUACUGUUCCCACCACUCAGAAGUACAUUGCCCUCCUUAGAGUUCUUACCGAGAACGGCUUAAUACAAGACGCUAUUAACAUUCUGAAGGAGAUGCAAGAGAAAGAUGUUCCCGUCAAUGAGUCCACCACCGAUUACUUCUUCCACAUCCUCAACAACCUGGCCUUGAAAGGGGACAUAGAGGGUUUGAACCUCGUCCACGAAUACAGCGUGAUGAUGGGGCUGAUCAAUCCCAACGGCAGGAUCUGUGCCCCGUUGGUGAUGGUGCAUUUGAAAAAGAAUGAUCUGCCCGCCUCCCUGAAUGCUAUGAGCGAAUGCAUUGAAAAGUACAAGUGUGCCCCUUUAUUACAUGACUUGCUAAGCACGUUGGUGGAGAAAGGAGAAACAGAUUUGCUUAAAAAAGCAGUGGACGGCCUGAGCGACUUUAUGGGCGAGCAGUCGAUGCUUCACGAACUUUUCUUCGCCUUCAUCAGAGCAGGAAAAUACAGCGAGGCCGAGAAAAUUGCAGAGACCCCUGGAUUAAGAGCCCACCCAGUCAAGAUGAGCUGGUUUUCUGAUCGAUGUCUGAGAACAAACCAGGUGGAUUUGUUGGAAAAAUGUGUAGAAAUCUCCCAGAAACUGUUUGACUGCGAUAGAGAAGACAUGUACUUUCAGCUAUUGAAAAUAUACGAUAAAAAUAAUGACUGGGAAAAGGCGAAGAGCGCUUGGAACAAAAUGAAGGAGGAAAACAUCCUGCCCCAGGAGACUACGCUGAACCUCUUCAAAAAAAUAUUGAAAAAGAAUGGACAAGACGUUGCCUUUCUCGUCCCAGAGCUUGAGAACACUGCAACAUCAGUCAGAGGAUCUGGUAGAAGAGUCAUAGACUUAUUACGGGACGGAAAGAUUACAGACGCAUUUGCUGUGUUUCAGGACUCUGAAAAAAAUAACGUCCCAUUAACAAACAGGACAUACACGAGUCUUAUUAAAGCGCUGGUGAAGAACGGCUUACUGAAGGAGGCUGCUGAGGUGGAGGCUGUCGCCAAGAACCGCGUCAGGAACUACAGCCUGAGGGGUACAGCCGGUAAUCUCCUCAUCGAAGAGCAAGUUAGGCGGGACUGUUUGAAAGACGCACUAGUCACUCUGCAGACACUGCUGGAAAAUGGCAGCAAGCCCAUGCGAACCGCGCUGAACAGACUUGUCAGUGCUCUCGCUUUGAGUGGAGAUGUGCCGGGCCUUGACAAGAUAAAGGAGUUAAGUCAGCAGUAUGAAUCAGUCGCCCAGGUACUGCCAGAGACUCUCAACACCUGCGUAGCUUUGGCCCACCUGAAAAACGAGAACUUUGAAGAAGGAAUCUCAUUGAUGGAGUCUCUAUGUAUAAAUGAACCAAAGAAAACAUACACGUCAUUCUUGAUCAAUCAGUUGCUGAAGAGUAAUAUGGAGGAGGCACUGGAAAAAGUGAGCAUUUUGGCAGAGCGAAUGGCCAAUCAGUUUGCAAACUACGGACCUGCUACUGAUCUCUUUGUGGGUUAUGUCAAAGUGGGAAGAGAAGAAGAAGCCGGUCAUCUAUUACAGAGAUGCAGUGCUAUUGUGGAGCAGCGAGGGCCGUUGUCUCGCCACAUUAUCAGACAGAUGGGGCGGAAUGAGGAGGAAAAAUCGACUCGUCUGGUGGAAUUACUCUCUGAUCCAUACUACAAGCAAGUCCUGUACAGUUAUAAGAUAAAAGGCUACGAAUCCAACAAGGAGGUUGAUGCAGCAGUCACUUUGUACGAAAAAGCCAAAGCCGAGCACAUUGAUCCAGAUGAGCUGUUCCUAAAACGACUGGCGGUCCUUCUAAGAGGCGCAGGGAAGCCUGUCCCGUUCUCCGAGCCCCCAGAAUCCAUAGAAUAUUAUAUAGAAAGACUGAAGAAACGGACGCCCCAAGAUAGCGAAGAGCAGCAGAAGGAAGAAUAAGAUUUUUUGUUUUCUUUUACAUUUUUACAAUGUUUUUUUUUAUGUGUCCUUUAUUUCCCAUUGUAAAUGUGACCGCUCUGUGAUCUUUUGUUAACGUAUGCCUAAAUUAAAGGUCUGGAUACUGGA